AUGGUUCGAAUUGCUUGGGAAAAAGUAGGUAAAGAAAGACUGCGAGACAUUCUUAAUAGAGUUAGGAGCGAAUUGUUGCGCAAGCACAAGAAGACAGAUGUUGCUUAUUUAUACAAUUUAGGACCAGAUUGGAUGGAGGCAGAGAUAUGGAAUGAACUUGUUGCAUAUUGGAGUACACCAGAGUGGAGAAAGAAAUCAAAAGCUGGUAAAGCAAAUAGAAACAUAGAAAAAGAUGGGACUAUUACGAAACACUCUGGUGGUUCAAUAAAACUGGAGGUUCAUGAGAAUAGACUGGCAAAGAAGUUAGGUAGGCAACCAACUCAACUUGAACUAUUUCGUGCCACUCACACAAAAAAGGGAAGUCAAGGUGUUUUCAUUGAUGAAAAAUCACGACGAGUUGAUGGAGCUUAUUUGAGUGCCAUUGCUGAGAAUGUGAAUGACAAUUGUGAGAGUCAGUCUACUUUUGAUUUGAAUAAGUGGAUUGAAAUUUCUGGAAGUAGUAAAGGGAGGGUUUAUGGUUUUGAAUCUUCUGAUAUUGCAAAAUCAGGAACUCCAACUACCUCUUUCUCAUGUACAUCAGCUCAUCCUGGAGGACCUUCUCAAACUAUGUUUUCUUUAGAGGAGGUUGAACAAAUAUUAGAGCAAAAUCGGAUCAAAAUGAAAGAAGACAUGGAGCAAAUGCAAGAGCAAAUGCGAGUGCAGAUUGAAAAGCAAAUAAAAGAUCAGAUGAAAUCAUUGAAGAACAAGAAAAGAUCUUCACCGCAUAACACAACUGCAGCUUCUACUUCCAUAUCAGAUGGUUCAACAAAUUCAUAG